AUGCAAAGCAGGAACAAUUCACUUUCAGUUCUUGGCCCAACAAUGGGCGGUUCACCUGCUGUGCUUUUAACUCCAGGAAGAACUAGAAACAUCGCGCAAGAUAUGGAAGCUCUACGACUUUCACGACAAGAUAAUCCCUAUUUACAGCAGGUUAUGGCUAGCAGAGAGAGUCUUAUUGAAAGUCACCGGGAGGAAUGUGAAUCGGAUGAUACUAUACUUAUGUCACAGGAAUUUGGUAGUACAGCUCUUGAUUUUGUGGAAGAUGACCCUCUCACAUUAAAAGAAGUCCAUGAACAUAUGAUAAGAUCACCACCACCGACCAGUUGUUGGCCACAAGAUUCUCUGUCUAACCGAGCAACGAGUGCAUUUGAUUUUGGAGCAGACAGCCCGGUAUCAUAUAGUGCUUUUUCAGUCAAUUCACAGGAGAAGGAGCUGCUAGGGGGUAGGUCGCCGCGACGAGGAAUCCGUUGUGAUGAGACAAAGAACAAUAACAGCAGCAGACCUCGUUCGUCAAGAUCAGUGUCUCCUCGAGCUCAUGAUAUCACACUGUGUGGAAGACCAUUAUCCUUGCCAGGUGAAGCACAUCUGCGUUGUGCUUUAAAUAAGAAACAGAAUAGUCAGCAAGCUGAUAGGUUUUCUAUCCUUCAACCGAGGCCCAUAAGGAGACCUCACGCAAACCGACAUUCAGAAGACAGUGUUCAAUUAGUGCCAGAUUGCGAUAAGUAA